AUGUACGGAACUCGCGUCCUCGAUCCAUUGGCUGUUGACCAGGGAUCAGCGGGGAUGAACAAAACAAAGGCCUUGGUGACCGCUUUUGAGAAAUUCGAGUACGAUUACCCCGAGAAGCCGAUGGCUAAUACCCUGGCCCCGAGAAGCCGGAGCCGUGGAGGAAGCUUGUCAUUUUCUCAGAGAGACGUCGUGAGAGACCACUCACCGAAACGACAUAUACCGCCCAUGAAGUCGCCUAGUCCGGAACCGGCGCCCGCACUGUUUGUGCGCGCCAUGUAUGAUUAUGAUGCCGAUGAUCACACAAGUCUGAGUUUCCGACAAGGAGAUGUCAUUCAGGUUCUCAACCAGCUCGAAACUGGCUGGUGGGACGGUGUUAUCAAUGGCAACGUUCGGGGCUGGUUUCCCAGUAACUACUGCGCUGUCAUUACUGACCUGCGCGAACUUGAGGAACAUGUAUCACAGGUUCAGGUUCAUGACGAAGCUGAUAUCAGCGCGGAGUCUGGUGCUGGCGAGGAAGUAGAAGAGGAACACGACGAUGAUGCUGACUCUCCUGCAAAUGCCCGUGAUUCUCAGCCAAUUCUACCUAUUGAGGGAAUGGACCCUCCCAGUCAGCAAGAAGAGGCUGCAUUCUGGAUUCCUCAAGCGACUCCCGAUGGCCGUCUAUUCUAUUUUAACACACUUACUGGCUACAGCACCAUGGAACUUCCUUUUGAAAAUCCGUCUGCCAACGACACUGGCCCAUAUGACCGCAAUAACUUUUUCGUACCUGACCAAACUCGACCGCCCCCCGAACUGAUGGCUCGGGGGUUUGAGCGUGAUGAAGACGACUAUGAUGGCUCGGCAUCUGAGGCUGAGGGUGAAUCUCUCAUGCUUGCCUCGCACGACUCAAUGUCUCGGCGACGCCAGUCGUUUAUCGACGGUGUAUCGCCCGCUACUUCUUUGGAUUCCCUUCACCCCCCAUCUGCUACGAAAUCCAUGAAUGAGGGGAAAAGUCCUCUUGGCCGAAGCCCUCAUAGACCCUAUGGCUCUACAGGCGCAGGAAGCAACACCUCGAUCUCAGAGCAAUUGCACCGGCCUUCAAUUUCAUCUCGAGUUUCUCAGCAUUUCUUCGACGAUCAUACCUCAACUCCUAUCACCUGGCCCUUACUUGUGGACAACAUGUCCCAAGCUGUGGAAGCUUAUCGGCAGACAUUAUUAAGCGGCGAUCGUGCAGAGUUUGUGAGGAAGGCUGAGGACAUUUCAGACCACUUGCGCAUGCUAUUAGCGGCCGGCUCUGAUACUACUGAUAACCAUUCCGGAAACCCCUCGAUAAUCUCCGCGAACAAGCCUUUAUAUCAGCAUUUCCGGGAUAUGAUGUCGAAAUUUUCCAAACUGGUUCUCUCAUCGCACAUGGCUGCAGCUGAUUGGCCAGGCGCAGACGCUGUCAAUAAGUGCCUUCAAGAAGCCGAUGGUGUCAUGCAAGGGGUCUAUGGUUAUGUUGAGGUUGCAAGACAGCAACGUGGCGAUUACAUUCGUCGGAUCGCCCCCGGCUUUGUGAUGGGUAGCUCUUCAGGUGGCUCCUGGCAGAACAAUGGUGUUUCACUAAACGACUCUGGUCCUACUUCAUUUCUGGACCAAGAUGGAGGGGACUUGCGACCAGAGCCCACUGUUCCUUUAGAACCAAACGUUCUGGACCAUAUUGAUGUCCUUCGAAGGUCUUUUGUCGGGGCCAUACGCCGCGUGGAGGAGCAAUUGACCCUUAACCAGAAGAAGAUCGUUACUCUGGCUGAACACGAGGAACUCAGCGAGUUGAUUGCCGCAGCUGCUGUCAAGGUUGUAGAACAAUUCCGCCCGUGGGUCUCUGCUGUCGAGUCGAUAAAUCUGGGACCUUUGGGGACCAGUUUCCAAAAUCCCCAGCUCAUCGAUUUCAGCUCACAGAAGCAACGAGUUUAUGAUGCCAUAGCUGACUUUGUCGUCAGCUGCCAGGCGGUUUCGGCACCGCUUGGUGAUGAAUGGGCAGAACUUCGCGGUGACUCGCUUGAGGAUCGCUUGAAUGCUGUUCGGGGUGUUGCCCGACAACUUGAGAAUUAUGUUUCUCAGAUUGGGUUCUCUCUCUCGCUUCUCCUUGAACAGGUGCCCGAAACACCUACUCUACGUAGCGAAAGUCGCAUUGGCGGUGAUAGUGAUGGCUAUAUGGGCCUGCACAGUCGCUCCGAGUCUCGUUCGACCGAGGUCGGUGUGCCAUCAGCACAUCCGUUGGACGGGUCUCCCGAGAAAAUGCGUCGUAAUAUGGACAAAGCUCAGAGGUUUUUCGGACAAGCUCCUCCCGCCGCCAUUACAAGAGAACCCAUUCGAGAAAUAGCCCGUGAACCUGAAGAGACACCGUGGUUUUUGAAGAUGGAUCAUGAAGGCGAAGUGUUCUACGAUACUAAGAAUGACGUGCCGACUCUGAAGUGCGGUACACUGGCAGGGUUGGUAGAGCACUUGACCCGUCAUGACAAGCCCGAUAUGUCUUUCAAUAGCACCUUCCUCCUCACUUACCGUUCCUUUACGACCGCAUCGGAGCUUUUUGAGAUGAUCAUGCAACGGUUCAACAUUCAGCCUCCUUUUGGCUUGAACGCCGAUGAGAUGCAAAUGUGGGUGGACAGGAAGCAAAAGCCGAUUCGGUUCCGCGUGGUCAAUAUCCUGAAGACCUGGUUCGAAAACUACUGGAUGGAGCCAAAUGACGAGUCGCACAUGCAGCUCCUCGAGCGUGCGCAUUCCUUCACCAAAGAUUCAAUUGCAACUACGAAGACGCCUGGUUCAACUCAGCUUCUGGCAGUUAUUGAGCAGCGUCUGAGGGGCCAGGAUACUACCGUUAAGCGACUGGUGCCCACGCAAGCAACGCCCGCCCCGACGCCAAUCAUUCCCAAGAACAUGAAGAAGCUGAAGUUCUUGGAUAUUGACUGUACAGAGUUCGCCCGUCAACUGACCAUCAUUGAAUCACGCCUUUACUCCAAGAUCAAACCCACGGAGUGUCUAAAUAAGACAUGGCAGAAGAAAGUUGGCCCUGACGAACCGGAACCCGCUGCAAAUGUGAAGGCCCUGAUUCUGCACUCAAACCAGCUGACCAACUGGGUUGCUGAAAUGAUUCUCAACCAAAGCGAUGUGAAGAAGCGAGUGGUUGUCAUUAAACAUUUUGUGAAUGUUGCGGAUAAAUGUCGGGCCUUGAACAACUAUUCCACACUGACUUCGAUUAUUUCGGCCCUUGGGACAGCUCCCAUUCAUCGACUUUCUCGUACAUGGGCUCAGGUCAGUGGGCGCACAUCUGCCAUCCUAGAGCAGAUGCGCAGACUUAUGGCGAGUACGAAGAACUUUGGUGAAUACCGGGAAGCGCUCCAUCUUGCCAAUCCGCCUUGCAUUCCCUUUUUUGGUGUGUAUCUCACGGACCUGACAUUCAUCGAGGAUGGUAUACCAUCUCUUACGCCCUCCGAAUUGAUCAAUUUCAACAAACGAACCAAAACGGCGGAGGUUAUUCGUGACAUCCAACAAUACCAGAAUUCGCCCUACCUUUUGACCCCUGUCACCGAAUUACAGGAGUACAUUCUCAGUAACUUACAAGGGGCGGGCGAUGUGCACGACAUGUACGAUCGAAGCCUGGAAGUGGAGCCGCGAGAACGUGAAGACGAGAAAAUUGCGAGGUACGCCACCGGUGGUAGAGACAUGAGUGCUCUGACUUUUGGAACCCUGCUCAUGUCAUCGCGAUAA